CGCCUUCUCUCCGGCUCGCCGAGUCGACGUGCAUCCUUCGCGCGCGCUCCCCUCCGUGGAAUUUUUGUCCGUGCCCACUGCAAAAAAAAGUGCAAGUCGUCUUGACAGAGGAGAGGGAGAGAGAGGUGGAGAAAGAGAGGUGGAGAAAGAGAGGGGGUGGGGAGAAAGCCAACGUACGCAUCAAUUUGUACAGUGUUGAGCGGCGCCCGUUUUCCGCGCCGAGUCCGGGGAGCUUGGCGUGAUUAGUGAUGGGGUCCAGACGAGUGUGUGUGUUUGCGUGUGUGUAGGUCCAGUACAGCUGCACACCACAGCAGCAGAAAAAGGACACGCAUCGCCGGAUAGCCUAGUGGCGAACAGGUGAGGGCGGGGUUUGACUGGUAUACCAGGAGUCUCUGCGUGCUCACCUGUGUGCUCACCUGCCCGAGCUUUCUGCAGACAGCUGGGAGGAAUAUGGACGCUGCACAGAGGCAACGAUGAAAACGCGAACGCACAAAGAGCCGAUGCCUGUGCGGAGUGGGCGCAGACGCGGGGGCAGUGAGGAGAGGAGGGUCCGACGUCCACACCCCCCGAGCCCCUCCAGAUCAGAACGAACAGAGCGAUCGGAGAGAACUGAAAGACAAACAAGACCUGCCGUUGAGGAGCUGCAGGUGAGCUCGUUUCCCAGACGCUCCCAGGGACAUGCCUCCUCUGAGAGUGACGGAGAACAGCUGGUGCCUCCACCCAAGAGGCAGAAAGUCCAGGAUUCUUCGACUAGUACCAUAGCUUCAACCCAUUCAAUUGACACCUCGACUUCAGCCCCACACCCCACCUCGUGCAACAGCCAAUCACGGGAGAGUGACAAUGAAGAUGGCCAGUCGCAAGGCAGCCGUAGCUCAGUGGUGGGAAGCGUGGCCAAUAGCAGCAGUAGCGUCAGUAGUGGGCGGGAUAUUGAUCAGGACAAUCGCUCCUCCUCACCGAGUCUCUCGGCAUCCCCACUGGCAAGUUUGGAUUCUGAAUCGGACUCCCCGGACUCACCGAAGCAAGGCAGCAAAACCAAGGAUGGUGGCGGGGAGGAGAGGAGGGGCGUGGCCAGGGGGGAGGAGAGGAGGGGAGUGGCCAGGGGGGAGGAGAGGAGGGGCGUGGCCAGGGGGGAGGCGAGCGGUACUGGGGAGCGCAGAGACAGUGAGGGCGGGGCAGAGGCGGACUUAUCGGUGCUGAAAUCUCCGUCAUCCCUCUGUGCCUCCCAUCGUAGCACAGUGGACUCUGCAGGUGUUGCCGUGGGUGAGGGCAGUAACAGCAGAAAAUCCUACUUCUCUCUCGACUCGAAAAAGAGGGAGUUCCCAGGGCAGGUGGGUGGAGACAGCCUGCAUGGCUGCCCCCGUAUCAACCCCAAAUCAGCCUCACAGUCUGGAGGCAAAUCAGGCAUAGGUGGGGCCGAGUAUUCCCAUGGAAACCCCAGUGUUAGCCACGCCCCUCCACUCCCUCCCCCUCCUGCUCUGAAGCCUCUGGAGGCGGGGCAGAGUGCUUCAGCUGAAGCUAAAACCGAGAAGACAGAGAAAAGUGACAAGACUGCCCCUCCCUCUCUGCUUCCACAGACCACGUCUUUAUCCCAGCAGGCCCCGCCCCCUCCACACACACAUCACUACAGCCCUACGACAUGGUCGGGUGGCCCUGUCUCCGGUUGCCCUGGCAACUGGGCCUACUCACGUUACCCAGGUGUCCAUCACACAGCCCCUGUACAACAGCAACAGCUGCCCUCUGUCUAUAACCCCCCCUCCUCCGCCCGCCAUUCCUACCUGCCCCCGCCCCACCCCCACACACACCGUGAGUACCUGCCCAGAUACGGGGGCGCCCCUGAGCGGGACAGGCCUGUGAGGGACUUUGUGGUUAAGGACACCACGUCCUGCGGUAGCGGGGCAGCCGCUCCCCACCUGUCCCAGCUGGGCCGAGACUUUAGCAGCUCGCCGGCCGGCCAGAACCGGGAGUACAGCGCCAGCGCUGGACCUCAGACACCAGGCCGGGACGGGCCUCGGGAAUAUGGGCCGGGCUUCAGGGAGCGUGAGGCUGGAAGAGAGUUUCCGGCGCAGAGCCGCAGCGGGGCAGGAGCAGGGGGCUGUCACCCCAGAGAUAAAGACGGCAGAUGGGGGGAGUUUGCAGGGCAGAUAAGAGAAGGAGGCAAUAACAGUAACCCCAGCAACAGUAACCAAGGAAAUGUGGGCUCCACGAGUACUGGUCUACCUUCUAGCCAGCUUCUGAGUCGUGACCCUUCUGGUUCACCCCAGAGCAGCUCAGCUCACCCACCUCUCUGCACUUCUAACUUGGCCACCUCAAGCAAAGACUAUCCAUCAUCAGUGGAAAUGAGUGGAGCGCAGGUGGGGCAGAGCCAGCCCUCCCAGAGCCCCUCUACUGGAACAGACGCCCUUCCACUCUUCCUAAGGGAAUUCCCACCACCCGGGACGAAGGAAUAUUCGCCAGCAGGAGUCAACCCUGCGUCUGCCCCCCAUCACGGAUCCUCCAGGGAGUACACCAGCCCGACUGGACCUGCUCCAAAUCUCGCUCGCGAGUAUGCUGGCGGGGCCCCAGUUACACACCCUGUACACUCGCAGUACGGGGUGCAGGCAGGCCUAGCCUUGCAGUCCAGGGAGAGGGAGAGGGACAGGGAGAGGGAGAACAGUGCUCCAGUUUCCCUCUACCCUGGUCGCAGUCAUCCUCCCUCUCUUUCUCCUUCGUCUUCCUCUUCUCAUGGACAUGCACCUGCCACGUCGUACCCCCCUGCCCCACCAACCUCCCAUGGACAGCCUCCACCCUCUUCCACACUUACAGCCAAUCAUUCUCGCCCAGGCCCAUACCCCUCUACCAAUCAGAGCUCACCAACUCCCCUCUCUCCACUUCCUAGCCCCUCAACCAAUCAGAUGGGAGGAUUUUCUACCUUCACAUCAACCUCUGCUCCAACAGGGAGCGUACCACUUCCUGCAUCAGGCGCAGCCACUUCCUGUCUUUCUGGCUGUAGACCCACCCCUUAUCAUGGCACUUUAAACAGUCAUGCCCCUUUUACUAGCUCUUACCAUGGCAACAGUAACAAUAGCAACACUAUGGCAACUAGCAAUAUAAACACCAUUGUUUCCAAUAGCAACAGUAGCACUAAUAAUCAGGCACAGUUACACUCCCCUCAGAACUCCAAAAUCCAGCCACACCUCUGCAACCCCACCCAAGGGACUACUGCCCUGCCCACGAACACGUCAACAGGGCCCGACGGGCACUCUGAUUCGUCUUCUUGUACUUUGCCACAACCUGUCAUAAAGGAGGAGCCAGUAGAGGAAAGGGAGGAGACUGAGAGUCCUCCCCCUGUGAUAAGAAGCCCGUCACCAGAGCCAAAAUCUGUUGACAUUCCAAUUCACGCCAGCCAAUCAGCUCGGUUCCACAGGGUUCUGGAUCGUGGCAGCGGGAACUCGUGCGCACGCACAGACGUUCUCUUUGUUCCUCUGGACGGUUCUAAGCUGUGGAAGAAGAGGAACGAGGCGGUGGAACGAGCUCGUCGCGAGGUGGAGCAACGAGCCCGAGACCUGCGGGAGAAAGAGAGGGAGCGAGAGAGGGAGAGGGAGAGGGAGAGGGAGCUGGAAAGGCACCUGCAGAAAGACAGUGCCUGCAGCGUGAGUGCGGCUCUGGGCGGGCCACGUCCGGGCUCCUCGCUCUUCUUCUCCCCCUCCUCCCUCCUCCUAGACCCUUCCUCGUCCUCUUCCUCCUGCGUGAACCCGUCGCAUCCUACCGUCCAUCACCAGGCUCACCACGCCGCCCACGGCCUCCACCCGCCCCAUCCUCUCCACCCUCCCCUGUCUCAUGCCAUACCCCACUCCCUCCUCCUACCCUCCAUGGCAGGGGGCUCUGCAGUAGUGGGAGGCCCCCAUGGGCCCCUGGGCAUCGGGCUCGGUGGACCGUACCUGGGCCCGGACACCCCAGCGUUGAGGACGCUGAGCGAGUACGCCCGUCCCCACGCCAUGUCUCCGUUGGGUGCUGCUGGCCGGGCGCCGGCCCACCUGCACGCCCACCCCCAUCCCCAUGUGCACCCAUCCCUGUUCCUGCCCCAGUUUCAGAACCCCGCCCUCGGCCACCCACAGCACCUUCCUGCUGACGCCGCCGCCGCCGCCGCUAUCCUGGGCUUCCUCUAUGGGGGCGGACUGGAAGGAGGCCCCGCCCAUCCGGGGGCGGGACCAGGCCCUGGCGGGAUGGCGGGGGCAGGACUGGGAGGGGUGGGAUUCCCCCAUGCGGUGACAGCUCACAGAGAUCGGGUGAAGUCGGGGUUCGAGUUUAAGAGCGAGGAGCGGGUGUACCCCGCCGGGACGCUAGCUGACCCCUCCCUGCCCCUCUCUCACACACAUUCACACACACACUCCCACUCGCUACUGCUAGGGGGCGGAACAGCAGGCGGCGCACCUGCCAGUGAGGUUGCCCUUUACGGAACGCCUCCACCCCCAGCCCCGCCUCCACAAGCCCUCGCCACGGCAGCAAGGAAUCCAAACUCUGUCCCUCAGCCUCUUUCUGCCCCGCCUACUUCGGCGUUGCUACCGCCCUCGCUUCCUGUCCAUGCCCCUCCUACUGUAGCCCCUGCAGCUCCAGCCCCUCCCCCACCUCCUCCGGCCCCUCCCCCACCUCCUCCUCCUGCUGCCUCAUCUCUUCAUCACCCCUCCCCUCACUCCUCCCACUGCACCCCUCAUCCCGCCCAAGCCCCGCCCCCUGAAGGAUACUCCGCUCCCAGCCGCACUCCACCCAGCGCGGAAAGAGCAAGGAGUGUGGAGAGAGAGAGGGAGAGAGAAAGACUCCUGCCUGCUGGAGAGCGGGAGCGAGUGGUGCCUGUAGGGGGCGGUGGAGGCACCGGGACAGCAGUGGCAGGUGGAGGUGGUGGAGCAGGUGGAGGAGAGUCUCUGAGUCGACUACAGAUGAUGAACGUGACUCCACAUCAUCACCAGCACUCACACAUACACUCCCACCUGCAUCUACACCAGCAGGACACAGCGGCGGGGGGCGUGCACCCGCUCAUGGACCCACUGUCAGCGGGGGCCCCUCUGACACGCCUGCCCUACCCAGGGGCCACACUGGGCUCUUCCAUCCUUACACACCCCCUCACAGAUAGCGAGGUGCUCAGACAGCAGCUCUUCGGUGGUUCGUUCCGUGAGCUGCCCCAGACUUCGUCUCUGUCUGCAGCGCACCAGCUCCAGGCUAUGCAGCAGGCUCAGAGCGCAGAGCUGCACAUCCAGAGACUGGCCCUGGAACAGCAAUGGAUACACCACCACCACUCACUCACACAGGACGAGUUCUACAGCCACUUGAAGAAGGAGAGCGAUAAAACUCUUUGAUUGAGGAACCGAAACAUCAAACCACAGAGGGUGAAAACAUGGGGAUGUGCAGAUAUACGAGUGAGAGUAAAACCUUGAAGGUGUGGCCCUCCUGAGCACACACCACACAACUAACCCCAAGCCUAACACACCACACCACACCACAGCCACCAGCUGGAGACACGACCGGGAGACAUGUUUAAAAAAGGACUUUUAUUGGCCAGCAAGGUGACCUUCAUCACCUUCUGAGAGAAUAUGACUGGUCGAUGGCUGUUAGACUGGCCAAUGGCUGUCAAGAUUGGCGGGAUUUGGAGCUGGGUGGGGUUUGAGAUGGUCGUUGAUGACCUGGGUGGGGCUUGGGUUGUGGAGACAUCUAUGUACAGUACAUCACACCAGAAAGAAUGUUUAAGGCAGAAGUGUCUCUUUUAUGUCUUUGCAUGUAGCUAGAUCUGAACACGCCCAGAGGGCUAAAGUCUUCUUGUUUUCUAGUACGGCCCUCGGCAGUCUGAGAGAGUGGGGUUGAGAGUGCAUGUAAUCAACACUCCACUCUCAUAUCUCCUUCCUUUGUAGUAUUGUUAUAAUUAAUAUCAAUGUUGUCUGUUAAUAAUUAUGUAAUUAUAUAAACAUAUUACUUUGUGUUAUUUUUUUACAUUUUCAUGGUAUCAUUUUUUUUAUUUC